ACUGUUACAGAGACAGUAGGAGUUUGGUACAUUCGUCACACCUCCAUAUAUCCUUGUCUCCCUUCCUGUGCCAACCUCUCGCUCCCGCUCCUCUGAUCGUCCUAACGCGCGGGAGAUUACGUGGUCGUUCAUGGCGUCCUCUUCUGUUGCUCUCGUCGCGCUGCUUGUCGCGAGCUGCGCCGGAAUGGCUGCGGCGGCGUCGUUCACCGUCGGCGACGCGCAGGGCUGGGUGGCCGGCAUCGACUACUCCGGCUGGACCAGCGGCAAGUCGUUCGCCGUCGGCGACACGCUAGUGUUCACGUACGCAAGCAAGGUACACACGGUGACGGAGGUGAGCAAGAGCGGCUACGCGGCCUGCUCCGGCAGCAGCGCUCUGGGCAACGACGACAGCGGCUCCACCACCGUCACGCUCUCCACACCGGGCACGCACUACUACAUCUGCAACAUCCCCGGCCACUGCGCCAGCGGCAUGAAGCUCGCCGUCAACGUCGGUGGCGGCGGCGGCGGCUCGUCCUCGGGUAGUGGUGCGGGCAUCCCGUCCGGCGCAGCCGCUGUGCGCGUGCCGGCGAUGAGCGCCGCCAUCGUCCUUGCCGCGGCAUCGGGGGUUCUGAUCAAGGCCGCGCUGUUCUGAGGAAUUAAGCGCGCGCGUGCCAGGGCAGAGGCAGUGCAGGGGUUGCAGUUUGUUUGGCCGGUCGGUCGAUGGUUUCGUGUUUAUUUUGUUGAGCUAGUUUCUGGUUACGUUAUUUGGCGCUGUCCUUCAUCGCGCACUUGUGUAUUUAUUCACGUUAGCCUGUGAUGUAUUUUGUGUGUGUCGUCGUGCGUGAGGUUGUGCCUGAGCAUUUGUGCAUUUUUUAUACUCCGUGACAAUAAUAGUACGUGUAACUAAAGAGGAUUUUCAGGGUACCCGGUACUCCAAAAAUUUAUAUGGAAUACCGAGCAAA